AGCAGCAGGAGGAGCAGCAGGAGGAGCAGGAGCAGCCGCCGUCAUUCGGACUGAAGCUCAACAUGAAGCUGCAGCUCUUCUUCCUCGUCUUCUUCACGGUGGCGGCAGGUGCCGCCGGGAACCCGCUGAGAGAGAAGAGGACCAAGCUGCUGCUCAUCUCCUUCGAUGGCUUCAGGUGGGACUACGACCAGGACGUGGACACGCCGCACCUGGACCGGCUGGCUGUGGACGGAGUCAAGGCCAAAUACGUGACCCCUCCGAUGCUGACCAUGACCUCGCCGUCACACUUCACCACCAUCACCGGUCGAUGGGUGGAGGAUCACGAAGUCGUCCACAACAUGAUGUUUGACACCAAGACCAACCUGAAAGUUCCUAUCAAGAAGACGAUGGCCAGAUCGGAGUGGUGGGACAACGGAGUUCUGCCGCUGUGGAUCACAGCUCAGAACCAGGGUCUUAAAACGGCCUCCUUCUAUUAUCGCGGAGCUGUGAACUACAGCGGGCAGUCGGUGAACCGAGCGCUGGUGACGGAGGCCGGUCACCCCGACGACAACGUGACCGAGUGGCGUCAGAACAUUGACAAGGUGAUGAGCUGGUUCUCUGAGGAGGACUUCCACCUGGUGACGCUGUACUACGGCGAGCCGGACAGCGUGGGCCACGCCAAGGGACCCGACCACCCGGACAGGAAGAGGAUCAUCCAACAGAUCGAUGACACCAUCGGGUACCUGAGGGACGCCAUCGACCGCCACGGCCUGUACGACAGCCUCAACGUCAUCAUCACCUCAGACCACGGCAUGACCACCGUCAAGAAGAGACCGGCCGUGGACGAGAUCAUCCUCAACAAGUAUCUCAAUUUACUGGAGCACGCCAGCUUCGAGAUCCUCGACUACGGCGGGUUUGGCAUUUUGACGCCGCGGCCGGGGAGAGAGCAGUUUGUCUUCGACGCGCUGUCCAAAGCGCCAAACCUGACGGUCUACAAGAAGAGCGAGAUUCCUGAGAGCUUCCACCUCGCCAGAAGUCAGCGGCUGCCUCCCAUCGUGGUCGUUGCAGAUCUGGGAUUCAACCUGAACUCUAGAUUCAUCGUUUACGUGAACAAGGGCGACCACGGCUUCCAUAACGGUGAGAUGGACAUGAAGACCAUCUUCAGGGCGUUUGGACCCAGCUUCAAGAAGAACUAUUUGUCCGAGCCGUUCGACAGCAUCCACGUUUACCCUCUGAUGUGUGAGCUGCUGCAGAUCAAACCGGAGCCACACAACGGAUCGUUGACCGUCACCGAGAACAUGCUGCUGCCCAGAGGAGGAUCUCAAAGCUCUCGGUCGUCACUCGCUCUGCUGACGUCAACUCUUCUCUCCAUGUUGUUGAUGCUGUAACUGAUCCAGGAUCAGCUCCAGCUCCGUCCUCCAUCUUCAUCAUUUACACCAGGACUGAUCAUUGCUUCAUUCAGCUGAAGCAGCCGGACGCGUUUGGGUUGUAGUUUAUGAUCUUGGAAAUAAAAUAAAUACUUUUUAUCUUGUAAAUGAAA